CUGAAAUGCUUUAAUUUGCUUUAUUUUCUUUGUAAAAACAUUUUUCACUCUCACGUUUGAACUCCAUUCAGAAAUCAAGCAAAUGUUGAGUCCGACUCUGAACUGAUUCCUGGUAGAAAUGCACUAAUGUUGUUUGUGUGGGAUCAAUUUAUUAAACAUGGAUGACUGAAUGCUGAACCCCAGACUGCUCCUGCUCCUGGUCCUGCUCCUGGUCCUGGUCCUGGUCCGGGUCCUGGUCCGGGUCCUGGUCCGGGUCCGGGUCCUGCUCCUGCUCCUGCUCCUGCUCCUGCUCCUGCUCCUGGUCCUGGUCCUGGUCGGUGAUGAAGAGUCUGAUGGAUGCAGAUGUUGCACCAAACUCCAUUCAAACUUCUGUCAGUUUUCUAAUCACGAAUCUGAUCUCAGAUCGUCGUAUGAACAACCACGACACAGUCUGCUGUUUGUCUGUUUGAUCCGACCGUCCGUCCAAUUAGAAUGCAGCUGUGACGUCAGCUGCUGAAUAUGAAUCUUCUGCUGGUCCAAUGAGGAUCCUCCGGGACGCGGACUGGUCCGCUGGUCCUGCUGCUUCUCCUGCAGAACACAAAGUGGACCGAGAGCUGAGCAGAGUCCUCCAGGAGGGUCUUCAUCAUCAUCAUCAUCAUCAUCAUCAUCAUCAUCACUCCAGGAUCAAUACUGAGACCAGGAUUAACUGAGGCGCUCCAGGACCGGGAUUUAGUAUGAGGCCGAGACUCGUGCUGCUGGACAGAUGAGGAGGUCAUGGAGAGACGGAACCGUGCAGUCCGACACUUGUGCACUCUGACGCUGCUGCUGGUGUGCGUGUGUCCGCUGUGCUGCAGAGCCAGCUGGAUGUGGUUGGGUGUGACCUCAGCGGGAGUCCCAGAGAAGCUGGGCUGUGCCAACCUCCCUCUGAGCCACAAACAGCGCGACCUGUGUCGGAAGAAGCCGUACCUGCUGCCUGGCAUCCAAGACGGAGCCCGGCUGGCCAUCACCGAGUGUCAGAGUCAGUUCAGAUAUGAAAGGUGGAACUGCUCCACCAGCCAGGACGCCACCGUGUUCGGAUACGAGCUGACGAGCGGAACCAAAGAAACAGCAUUUAUCUAUGCAGUGAUGGCUGCGGGGCUGGUCCACGCCGUGACGCGCUCCUGCAGUCAGGGCAACAUGACAGAGUGUGGCUGUGAUGGCCGGCUGCAGGGCAGCGGCUCGGCAGCGGAAGGCUGGCACUGGGGAGGCUGCUCAGACCACAUCCAGUAUGGGACCUGGUUCAGCCGCAAGUUCAUCGACAACGCCGCCAAAAACAUGUCGACGACCAGAGGAGGGUACACGCUGAGCACCAUGAACCAGCACAACAGUGAGGUCGGACGCCAGGCAAUCCACAGGACGAUGUCCACACACUGUCGUUGUCAUGGCGUCUCUGGCUCCUGUGCUGUGAAGACAUGUUGGAGGACAAUGGCGGCAUUUGAUCAUGUCGGCGCGUACCUGAAGGACAGGUACGAACACAGCGUUCAGGUGUCAGACCGCUCCAGGAGGAAGAGUAGGAAAAAAGAUCAGCGUCGCCUCCCCGUUGACAAACAGCAACUCAUCUUCUUCAACAAGUCUCCAAACUACUGCCUGGAGGAUCAGCGGCGUGGCAUCGCCGGAACCAGAGGACGCCGCUGCAACCGGACGUCCACCGGGCCGGACGGCUGCAACCUGCUGUGCUGCGGCCGAGGAUACAACACACAUGUGGUGAGAAACGUCCAGCGCUGCGAAUGCAAGUUCGUCUGGUGCUGCUACGUCCGCUGCAGGCGCUGCGAGAGCAUGAAUGACAUGCACACCUGUAAAUAACAACAACACACCUGCAGAUACAGAAAACAACACACGUCAAAUAAGCUCAUGUUGCAGCUCACAGCUGACUGAUGUUGAGCAUCAACAGAACAGAACUGAAGACGGACAGGAACAACAACACAAAGUCAACAAAGAGUCAGUUGAGUGUGUGCAGGUGACUUCACUUUCAGAACCAACAGAUCCACACAGGAUGUCUUAUCCGCUGCCCUCCACUCCACCAUCAGGGUGCAGUUUGUGGGCUUCAGAACCGGAUCAAAGGUUCUAACAGACAUCAGCUACAGUCUGUUCACCCAGCUGUCAUCUGACAGCAGAGACACAAGUACCUGCUGCCGUGUGGCAGGAGAUCCAGACCAUCAGACUCUUCAUCAUCAUCAUCAUGUUUGUCUCUGGAUGAAGCCUGAAAGAAAAGACAAAAGAAGCUUUAAAACUGAGCAUGGACAUUUCCGACCAUCGUGGCGUCUCUGACAUUCGCUCAUCGAACUGAUCCUGGACCUGUUUUCUCUGAAUGUUUGUUCAGUUUGUCUCCACGACUCUGAGACUGAAGGAGACGACAGUUUAAUCAGUUUCUAACCCUAAAGUCCGUAAAGACAGAACAUUUAUUAAUAAUCUGUUGUUUCAGAUUCAAAACAUUUUCAGAAAACAAAACAUUGUUCUGGUUAAAUGAGCAGAAAGAAGAAACUAAAUGUUUUGUAUGACAUUUUGUCAAUAAACAUGUAUUUAUGUGUA